AUGCCUAACUUUUCUGGCAACUGGAAGAUCAUCCGAUCGGAAAACUUUGAGGAAUUACUCAAAGCUCUGGGGGUGAACGUCAUGCUGCGGAAGAUUGCCGUGGCUGCAGCAUCCAAGCCAACAGUAGAAAUCAAACAGGAGGGUGACUCUUUCUACAUCAAAACCUCCACCACUGUACGAACCACAGAGAUUAACUUCAAGAUUGGGGAGGAAUUCGAGGAGCAGACUGUGGAUGGGAGAGCCUGUAAGAGUUUGGUAAAAUGGGAGAGUGAAAACAAAAUGGUGUGUGACCAGAGACUUCUGAAGGGAGAGGGCCCCAAGACCUCCUGGACCAGAGAACUGACCAAUGAUGGAGAGCUGAUCCUGACCAUGACGGCAGAAGACGUUGUGUGCACCAGGGUCUAUGUCCGAGAGUGAGUGCCUAUCGUCCAAGAGCUGCCAGAAACUUCUUCCCCUCCCUCCACAGGUCGCUAAGCUCCCUCCCUUGUCUAUCU